AUGAAGCGAAAAUGUACUACUAAAUCUGCUAUCAAAAAUAAACCAAAUAAACCUCAAGAGAAUGAUAAUGAACAAGACAAAAAUGAUGAAAUUCGAAUUACUAAUGAAAAAAAAUAUAGAAAAAAAGUUAAAACGCUAAAUAACCAAGAGUUAUAUAAUGAUGAAGGAAUACAAAGUUCAUCGACGUUUAAAAGAAGUUUCAUGUUAUUGGAAG